AUGGCAAUCAAUCAUAUCGGGGCUACUACUACUACUACUACUACUACUACUACUACUACUACUACUACUACUACUACUACUACUACUACUACUACUACUACUACUACUGCUACUACUACUACUACUACUACUACUACUACUACUACUACUACUACUACUGCUACUACUACUACGAAUAAUAGUAAUAAUAAUAAAGGGUAUUUUAAUGAACAAUCGUCUUUUUUUCGAUCCUAUGAAUUGUAA